AUGUUGAAGCAAUGUUCCAAAGUGCCAAAAGAGGAUUGUCAAGCACUAAGAUUCCUGUGGUGGUCAGAUGAAGCUGACGCUACUCCGCAGACGUUCUGCAUGACCCGACACAUAUUUGGGGCAACAGAUAGUCCCAGUUCAUGCACAUAUGGUCUUCGAAGAUGUGCAAAUGACAACGCCGAGGACUUCGACAAAUCUACUGUGGAUGCAGUCAACAAAAACUUCUAUGUAGAUGAUCUGCUAAAGUCUGUUGAUUAUACGGCGCCUGCUAUAUGUCUGGCUCUGCAGUUGAUCGAGAUGUUAGGUCAGGGAGGCCUAAGAUUGACGAAAUUCAUUUCAAACUCCUUGGAAGUUUUGUCUGCUAUUCCUGAGGAGAAUAGAGCCAUAGGAUGCAAAGACCUCAUCAUAGGUAGUCCACCAUUAGAAAGGGCCCUGGGAGUGUCAUGGAAUGUAGCAUCAGACACAUUGAGUGUGAAAGUUGGUGAGAUGGAUAAGCCAAACACUCGGCGAGGAUGUCUUGCUGCGGUCAAUUCCUUAUAUGACCCACUUGGCCUGGUAGGACCAGUCACUCUUCCUGCCAAGAGGAUCCUACAGAUGACUACAAAGUUGAAUCUUAGCUGGGACGAGCCUUCACCCGAAGUGAUUCUCCAUUAUUGGCUUCGAUGGAAAGAAAGUCUGAAGAAACUGGGCCAGUUGUCUAUCCCUAGGUGUUACUUUAGCGAACCUGAAUCGGCUUACAUUGAACUCCAUCAUUUUGCCGACGCAUCAGAAGUUGGCUAUGGGACCGUCAGCUAUCUACGUCAGGUCUCAGCAUCAGGAAACAUCAACUGUUCAAUGGUAAUGGCGAAGGGCAGGACAGCUCCCUCUGUGUUUGUGACAGUCCCACGCUUAGAGCUUCAAGCAGCUGUUGUAGCGGCUAGAGUAGACUGUCUCAUCAGAAAGGAAAUGGAGUUGGAAGUGUCACGUGCUGUUUUCUGGACAGACUCGAGGAUUACCCUGCAGUACAUAUAUAAUGAAUGCCGGCGGUUCAAGACAUAUGUAGCGAACAGGGUGACCGAGAUAAGGGACACCACUAGCCCGACACAAUGGAGACAUGUUCCUGGAAAGGACAAUCCUGCGGAUGACAUAUCCAGAGGACAGACAGUUGAAGCCUUCUUAAAGAAUCCGAGAUGGUUUCAAGGGUCUAAAUUUCUGAGUCAGCCCGAAGAGAAUUGGCCAGCAGCAGAAGUGAAGCCCCUGGAGGGAAACGAUCCUGAAGUUAGCGAGGAGAAGGUUGUUGGAUUGUUGCUAAUAUCUUCUUCCUCUUUGGAUAACAUGAUUGCAAGAUGCUCCAGUUGGAUAGGCCUACAGAGAAGAGUUGCUCUUCUGCUUAAGUUUGCUGAUAUGAUCAGGAAAGAGGACAGGCCAAAGCUUGACAUGGAUAGAGCAGCUAAGUCCAUUGUCAUGUAUACUCAGAGAGGCUUCUAUGCAGAAGAAAUUGCUGACCUCAAGAGUAAUGGAAAAGUCAAGCAAUCAAGCCAGCUGCGUUUGCUGAAUCCAGUUCUCGUGGACGGAGUUCUACGUGUUGGUGGGCGACUGUCAAGAGCCCCUACCUCAUUCGAUGCUAGAUUUCCGAUGAUCAUUCCCGGAGGCACUCAUCUAUCGUCAGUGUUGAUUCAUCAUUAUCAUCAGACGACGGCACAUGCUGGACAGGAGCAUGUACUUGCAGCGUUGAGGGAGAAGUUUUGGAUACAUCGAGCUAGAAUCUCUGUCAAGAAGAUAAUACGUUCUUGCAUUGGCUGUAGACGACGCUUGGCGAGCAGACUGACCCAGAAGAUGGCGGACCUCCCGGCAAUGAGAUUGGUUGCUUACGAACCGCCUUUCUCCCGUACUGGGCUAGAUUACUUUGGCCCCCUGAUUGUCAAGCGAGGUCGCUCAGAGCUGAAACGAUGGGGAGCGAUUUUUACUUGUCUUAAUGUAAGAGCAGUCCACCUUGAAGUUGUCGAGUCACUCGAUGCGAGUUCUUUCAUCAACGCCUUGAGAAGAUUUCUCGGAAGACGUGGGGAUCCCAAUGACAUCUGGUCUGACAACGGGACCAAUUUCACGGGUGGUGAAAGGGAACUGAGAGAAGCCCUGCAGCAUUGGAAUGCACAGAACGUUGAUGAUGAGCUUGCUCAGAGAGGAAUAAACUGGCAUUUCCAACCGCCAGCAGCAUCCCACAUGUCUGGAGUCUGGGAGCGGCUUGUCAAGUCGGUUAAGCUCGCCUUGAAGGCUCUACUCGGACAGGCAUUGGUGAGCGAUGAGGUCCUCGCAACAACCUUUGUUGAGGUUGAACGAGUCCUUAAUAGUCGACCUCUGUGUAAAGUGAUGGACGACCCGAAAGAUGAUGAAGUUCUGACACCAAGUCAUUUCUUGCUGCAGAAGCCGUGCACAUCGCUACCGCCAGGUCUCUUUGUUAAGGAAGACGCAUAUCAUCGGAAGCGCUGGAAGCACUGUCAACUGCUUGCCCAGCACUUCUGGAAGCGCUGGUUGAAGGAGUACUUGCCCGCAUUACAGGAGCGAUCGAAAUGGCACCAGGAAAUGAGGAAGGAGAUCUCGUUAUGA